AUGGACUGGAGGUGGCUAGGAAGCGGCACAGAUGCCGUCCCAGUUCAACUCCAAAAGACCAUUGGAAAUGAAGAAGUAAGUGAAUUCGUCCGUAGACUUACAGGAAGGCAUCGCAAGCGAUUGGCAAACGAGACACCGGCGACUGAAGACAAGAAAAUAUCCAACUUUGCAGAAGAAAACAAUGAAAUGUUGUUUGAUGCAAAAUCUAUGGUUCGAGACUGGAUUGAAAGUGAGCAAUGCAGUAAUUAUGAGAAGAGAUGUAAACUGGAUGACACUCUGAUUAAAAUUGGUCGACAUGAUAUGACAGAUUUUUUCAGCACAAUUCAGUUUCGGCGAAAUACAGAUCCCGAACUCUCGGCAAAAUUGCAUCCGGAGUCAAAAACAUUCCAUCUUGCGACGAUCUUCGACGAUGAUUUAAUCAGGCUAAGAAUGCUAAUGACUUGCCUUGACGAAGACAUGAUGGAAGAGUUCUGCAGGAAAGUAGGUAUACCUCUUAAAGUAGAAGGACCGAAAAGGAAGGGUCCAGACAUGAUUGAUAUUCGACAAUGGAGAGACAGUCACAUACAGUAUACAGUGAAAGAAUUCUUCUCAGAAAUAUCUGGAUUCAUGACGAAUAAAACGAAAGUAAACUUUGUAACGGAUCAAGAACUUGAUUGGCUGGUUUCUCAAGCGACAAUCGAUGACAAGUUGGAAAAGUUUACCGAUAUGAAAAAAAUCCACUGGAGGAGGUCAAAAAGGAUUGCAGGAAAACUUAGGGCUACACUCAGCUUAUUGUCUGAAGACCACGAUGAAAAAUAUCAACCUAAGUUUGAGCGAUCACUCUCACAAGAAGGAACAGGCGAAGAAAAGGUCGGUUAUCAUGAAGAAUCGCAGGAAGAAGAUAUAUCUUCGUCUGAUCCGUGGCAACAACUGAGAUUAUGGAGAAGAGAGCAUGUAGACAAAUCUUGUCGAAAGUCAUUGAGAUCCGCUUUCAAAUAUGUAGGGCUAGAAGAAUGCAUCGUAAACAAGACGCCACGGGAAAAGGUGUAUGCAGUUGAAAUUGUACAAGCAGCCUUUCACAUAUUGAUGACAGACGUUUAUCCGAUCAUAGAGACACUGGAUUUUUACCAGAAGACGAUUUCGAAGUACAUGAGGCAGUGCCCUGUUCUAGACAAAGGAUCGGUGGAUCUUCUGUUUCAGAUCUGCAAAUAUCUUGAGUUGAAGAACAAAUCUGAGAGCUACGAUCGUCUUGAUUUCUGUAUGAAGCUUACAAAUAUGGGUUAUGUCGAUGUUGCAAGAUCUAUAUAUCUAGAUUACGAAAUGAGUAUUAGUGAGCUUGCUAGAAUUGCCUCUGAACUGAACAAGCGUGACCAAACAAUGUUCAAACCUCUUAUUGAUCAACUGGAUUUGAGACCUGGUGAACUUCCGGAAUAUCAGGGAGUACAAUUUGAGACAUACUGUUCGGAGGUGCUAAGGACUUGGAAGGAAAAGAUCAGACCUGUUCCGUAUCACUACCGAAGGCACAUCGUUGAUGGUCUCCAAGCAGUUGGAUAUUCUAAUCUUGCUGAUGAUGUUCUGAAAGGCCUUCAUCGACAUGAAUCUCCCGACGAAGAUGUCAUUGAAGAUAUCUGCAGUAGACUCGAUGACACUCAGAUACUGAAUCUUGUUCGAAUCCUGAAACUUACGCCUGAUCAUGAUGAACAAGAUCGGAAAAAAUCAACCAAAUUGAUUGUCAGCUGGGCUGAUAAGUGGAUGAGAAAGUAUGAUUCCUCGGCUAUAUCAUUUAAAGAGAGAAGAUCAGUAAAUGAUGAGCUUGUUAAAGAGGGGUUUUACGAGUUAGCCCAUGAAAUAAUGAUACUAGAAUAUUCGAAGUUCUAAUAUAGGAAUCUCAUGCAAGUGUAUUGUUUUUAUUGUUAGAUAUUGAUUGGUUCUGUAUCAUCUGUAAACGAUGUAAAAUCUACCUUUGAUGUAUGAAUUUGAUAUGUGUUUCAUUUGUUAUUACUCAUCAAGUGUUGGCUAGCGUUGUUCUGUUCAAAAUGCAGAAUGGACGUGCACCAAGCAAACAAAUAUAUCGAUAUUAUUCCAAGCCAUUGUACAAUUGUGUGUAGACAGAAACAAAUAGAUUGAUUCUUUGUAAACUUUUGAAAGAAAUUUGAUGAGUCUUAUUUUUCAUGAAAACAAGAAUACAUCAAAUGAUGAGUCCAGAACUUCUCUAGGUAACAUUAAUCUCUCCAUCCAUUUGAGCAUGAGUAAACAUUAAUGAUCUAAUGACAGCUUUAGUACCUUAAAUCAUGUAAAAAGCGUUCGAAAUUUAACCAAAAGAAUGGUAAAACUAAGUUGCAUUAUUUUCACUUAGUUGUUAUCCCAGUUUUAACCGCAGCCGAUCCUAAAAUGUGAUGGGAAUGAGGACGGAAAGAUAAGUUGUAGCAGCAGUAGUAGUAGCUAAGUAGCGGAUGUAAUAACAUGUGCUUUUAUAAGAGAAUGGUGUAUAUGUAUAAAUGUGUCAUCAAAGUUGUUGUUGCCAAAAAAAAAAUGUUAUCGCAGCUUUCAUAAAAGAAUGCAAGAUACUAAAGCGCAUUAAUCAUUCGAAUGUUUAGAUUAAGGGUAGGCGUAAUAUGAUUUCAAUCAGUAUGACUUCACCAUUGUUGAUUUAUUCUCACCACUCUCUUGCCUUAUUUCUUUAUACAUAUUGUGUAAAAGACGGUGAGCGAUGAUGACUGUGUAAUGUAAGAAUAUGUUUUGUGCAUACAAAAUAUCCGUAAUUUUAUUUUAAAACAGGCAAUUGUGUAUCUCUAAAAUAGUGAAAAGGCUGCUUCUUUAACUAAACGUAUAUUCUCCGAUUAAAAAGUAGGUAAAGUGGUUAGAUUAAAAUUUUCUCACCAUAAUAAUAGAGCAAGCCCAUGGGAUCACUUAUUCUAAACAGUUUUUUUUUCAAACUGUUCGAUUAUUUUCCAUUGUGGUUAAACCAACUAGAAUUCCAGUUUCUUCUUUACAGACAUUUGGAAUCUAAUACGGGAUUCCGUCUCAGAUAAUACAAAUGCCUACUCUUUGAGCGAUGGUUAAGGCAUGGUCUAAGUCUGUGCAUAAAUUAUGGAAGGCAAAACAUGUCAAAACUUUGCUGAUUGUUUCUUCUCAUGACGAAUGAGGAAGAAAAUAAAUGUGAUUGCAUUUUUUUUUCACAAUACGUUUAUGGGGCACCUUUUUGCUAUACACACCAAACUGUAAGAUACAUACCGAAGAGUUAGACUGCGGUGUAAGAUUGAACUCAGGUCAAAGGCAAAAGAUGUAUACCUAUUUGUUGUACAUUUUUGGUGUGUGUGGGGUGCGUCUGCAUGGAUGCAUGUUAUUUUUAUUUCAAUGAAUGUCUAAAUAUUACGUUGUAUUAACAUCGUAUUUUGCAAAGAUUGCAGAAUCGUUUUUUGCAAAAUGGUUAUGGGAGGAUAAUUCUUUAUGUUUUAUUUUUUUAAACAAGUGGACACCUAGUUACCAGUAAUGCAUUGCUGACAAAAUCGAUCAAAAUCAAGUUGGUAAUAUAAGAAAUUUGUAUAUAUGUCAUUAUCUUAUCGGAUUACUACCUGCUGUAUACGGUAACGCUGAAAAGCCUCUCUCUGUAUCUACAAUUUUUUUGACUGAUUUCUCGAAAGCUUUUAAUUGAAUUAAUCAUAAUUUUCUCGUCAAUAAAUUAUUAAACCUUCAUGGUCAACCAUGUGUAAUCUCUUUGGUAAUUGAUUUCCUCCCUCGAUAGUCGUCAGCAGGUUAUAAAGUACAGAGGCCAAUUAUCCGAUCUUAAACAUAAUGGUGUAGGUGUGCCACAAGGGACUAAACUUGGCCCUAUUCUGUUUCUAGAUAUGAAACGAUGACUGUAGAGAUUCUAGUACGUCAUAUUUCAAAUAUGUAGACGAUAUGACGGCUAGUAGAAUGUAGAUUAAGAUCACAAACACCACAGUUGCAAGUUCAGUUACAAUGUCUUCAUUCAUGGACCUUGGCAAAUAGUAUGAAAUUAACCCCACUGAAAUGCUGUUCAAUGUCAUCUUCUUUUUCUAAGCGACCUUUACAACCAUAGGUUUCUUAUAUUGAUGGCAUCCCAUUGCUUUCUGUUAAUGUAGUCAAGAUACUUUGUGUCAUGAUCCAAGCAGAACUAAAAUUUAAUGCUCAUGUUUAAGAAAUUAUCAAAAAAUGUAACAAAAAACUAUUCAUGUUACGUAAAUUUAAAAAUCUACAACCUUCCUGUUUGUGAUCUAGUCACCGUUUAUACUGGCUACGUAAGACCCAUUUUGGAGUACUGUGUACCUCUCUUUACGUCGGGUCUUACUAGCAGACAGAUUAAUGAUUUGGAAUCUAUACAAAAAAGAGCUUGUCGAAUUAUUCUUGGAUAAUCAAAAUACAGUUCAUAUGAUGAUGCAUUGGUUGAGCUAGGAUUAACAACUCUAUUAUCCCGAAGAGAAGAACUUACUCAAGAUUUUGCUAUUUGUUUUGAAAAAAAUAGCUUAUGUCAGUCUUGGUUACCUCCUCAAAUAAAUAAUAAUUUUCUUCGAAAUGCAAGAAAAUAUACAGAAUUCAAAUACAAGACAAACAGAUUUAAAAACAGUGCCCUCCCUAAUCUUGAACGUGUGUUUAACAAAUACUACAAAUCAUAACUGAAAUGAUUUAAAAAUUCUUAAACCUUUGAUAUAUAUAUAUAUAUAUGCGCAGAAAUUGUGAAUUAUUUUCAAUAACCAUUGACUUAUUGUGCUUUUAAAAGUUUUAUUAUGAAUGAUUUUAUCAAUCUAUCGUACGCAUUUUCCUUACUGUGCAAAUGUAUGUAAAUAAUUUUACCUGUCUGUAUCUUAAUAUGUAUUUUUAAUUGAUACCCUGUGAAGCAUGUGUAAUUCAGUUUUUACUGCGAAUCAUGUCUAUUGAAUAAACCAUUAAAUGAAUGAAUGAAUGAAUAUACUGUAUGAUAAGGUUAUGGCAUAAUUAAUUGGUGACGUGAUGAUUUAAAUAUUUUCUGAGUUGACAUUAACCAAAAUAAUUGCAUGACAAUCUGCUCUAAAAUAAUAAUAUACGUCUAUCAGUAAUAUUCAUCAAUUAUCAAUGUCUCUGUAGAGUUCAGUGUUGAAACACAAUAAAGAGAAAUUCAUGCGGUA